GCGCUACCAUGGGUAGCAAUUGCUGUAAGGCGGACUCCGGUCGAGUGGUCCGUGGCUCGUCAAUAUACACCAGGUACCUGGUACUAAUACUACAAGAGUUGUUCGGGGUUGUUUGGGUGCUCAGAAUAUCGAGCAGAGCGGGAGCGUCCCUAGAUUCCCGCUUCACCGUAUCCGAGGGCGCGGGCGGUGUGCGGCUGACCGUCACCGCGGCGCGAGAGCAGGAUGGCGGCAUUUACACGCUGCAGGCUAGCAACGCAGCAGGCAGGGACACAGCUCGCGUGCGGCUCGAGGUGACCGACGAGACGAGCGGGGACGACCCGCCCACGUUCUUGCGAAGGCUGCAGGACCUCACAGUCAAAGUUGGCACCAGGACAAGGUUCCUUGUCGAGAUCCUCAGCUCUACUGAUUGCAAAGUAACAUGGUACCGCAACGAACGGCGCCUACUCGAAGCGGAGCGGGUGUCUCUCGUGCGUGACGGAAACUUCUGGUGCUGUGACGUCGCUUGUGUCAGCGUGGACGAUGCUGGACGCUGGACGUGCGCGGCCGAGAACAGAGGCGGGCGGGCGAGCUGCGCGGCGCAUCUCAACGUGCUGGUGCCCAAGGCCUACAAGCGACCGGAGUUCGUGGAGGAACUACGGGCCAUCCUGACUGAACAGGGGACUGUGUCAUUAGAGUGUAAGGUGGUCGGCGUGCCCACACCGGUUCUGAGGUGGUUUAAGGAUAGCCGAGAAAUCAAAGCGGGUGAUGUGUUCGCGCUAACAGCAAGCGCAGAAGACCCCACUUCGCUCGGCACAUACACUUGUGAGGCCGUCAAUUGCAUGGGCAGAGCCUACUCUUCAUCUAAAGUGCACGUCACGAGAGGCCGCGAUGAAUCGAGACCGAGUUCUGCCGUCACUCCCGAGCCGCCUCCGAUCUUCACCAAAGAGCUCGAAGACCAGUUCGUCAAGAUCUGCGAUCACCUCACACUGAGCUGUCACAUUGUCGUACCGCCGUGGCCGAGGAGCGUCGUCUGGUAUAAUAAGGAGGGCAAAGUCGAGGCUGGAGAGAGGUACCAUGUAACAGAGGACGGUGUUGGCGGCUACCUGCUAGAAGUACAAUCGGCUGAGUGGCCUGAUGAGGGCGAGUGGAAGUGCGUGGCUACCUCGGCAGGGGGCAGGGUCGGCAUAUCCACCUGCCACGUCAUCAUGGAUGUCCCGAAGAACUACAGAAAGCCACGUUUCAUGGAGAAUCUCCAGGCGGUGCUCACUGAAGAGGGUCUGGUCUCCUUCGAGUGCAAGGUGGUCGGCUUCCCAACCCCAGUGUUGAGCUGGUUCAAGGAUGGCCAGGAGUUGAAGCCAGGAGAUGUUUACCAACUGACAGGCACCAACUCCCUAGGCUCGUACUGCUGUAUCGCCCGCAACUGCAUGGGUCAGGCCAGCAGCUCGGCCGAGCUGACAGUGGAAGACAUCCAGAACCAGCUAAACGAGGAGGAGAGGCUCCAGCUGUUCACGAAACACCAGGCGCCCAAGUUUGUCCAGGGCUUGCAGAGCUCUGAAGCGCGGAUUGAUGAGCCAUUCCAUUUUACUAUUAAAGUUGCCAUUCCACCCGAGCCGACGGUCCUGUGGUACCGAGACGACCAGCCCGUGGACGAGUCCCCCCGUUGCCACCUCGCCAAGGAGGACCGAGGCAUCUUCACCCUCGACAUCAAGAACUUGGAGUUCCUCGACCAGGCCGAGUGGAAGUGCGUCGCCAUGAACGAAUUCGGCCACAGCGUCACCUCCUGCUUCCUCAAACUGAUCAUCCCUAGACACUUUAAGAAACCAAGAUUCUUGGAGAACCUUCAAGCUAUUCUCUCUGAGGAAGGCGCUGUGAACUUAGAGUGCAAGGUUAUUGGUGUACCACAACCUGUCCUCAAGUGGUAUAAGGACGGUGAAGAGCUCAAGCCUGGGGAUAUACACAGAAUCAUAUCUGGACAGGAUGGUACUUGUUGUUUAGGCACAUACACUUGUGAAGCGCAGAAUUGUAUGGGAAUCGCCGCCAGCUCCGCCUCGCUUCUCGGCUUCGACGACUCAAUGAAGGCCAAGAAGAAAAUAGCAGACGAACAAGCAUUGCAAAGAAAUUUGUCGCUUAGUACGAUACACGAAGAACGAACGUCGCAGAUGUACGAUACCCCGGUGGGAGAUAUAACUCUUGACGAUAAAGGAGAGAUUUCAUUUUCGUUUGAUGGAAAAGAAGUCUCCGUAUCGUUGUAUGAGACCCCGGAUUUAACUGAAGAAGAAGCACUUCAAAUAGUCGAGAUGUAUGCUGAUCAGCUAUCCGAGAAUGUUACUGAACAUAAUGUAGUCGAGCUACCACCGCUUAGGUUUGUUAAAGAAACAUCAACUUCAGGUAAUCUGCUCAUGGAAGCUAUCAUAAUUGAUGUGUCUCCUGAAUAUUUUGCAUCGCCUGAAGAAGAUUUAAGAACGGAAGCCGAUGUAGAAGAUAUUUCAAUAGCAGAUGAAAAUGGCGCACCUCAACUAUCACUAGACACAGAUUUAGGCGAAGACUAUUUAGAAAAAACUAUGGCUCUAUUAUCGGAUGAAAAGUCUGAUGUGCCUAAAAAGGUAGCUAGAAAGAAGUCAGAUUCUCUAAGAAGUGGAGAAGAUUUCUUCAGUUUAUCUCGAGAACAAUCAAUCUCUGAAGAUAAAAGAGAUGACGAUACGCAAGUUAUGUCUGAAAGUGAUUUGGCUAGUUUUGCCAGCGCCCGAAGUUACGGUAAACAUAAAUCUAAAUCUUCUCGAAGAUCAAUUGAUGAUGGUAGAGAAUCGUCAGAAACGAAGACCAUUUUACAUAAAGUUGAUGUAGAAGAGGUUAGAGAAGUUAAAUCAGAAAUUAAAGAAAUCAAGACCGAAAUACAAGAAACUGAACAGAAAAUAGCUGAGACGGAAACCCCUGUAAUGAAGCCAAAGCGAGAACGACGAAGUAGUCGGGGGUCUCGACGUUCUAGCUCAGGUAGCGAGAAGUCUUAUAGCAAGGCUAGAGAAGAGCUGUUACAAGUAAGGGCAGAGGUAGAAUCCAAACCUAAAAUGACGCAUGAAGAAUUCAAGAGCAAAGUAACUGAAGUUAGUUCAACAAUAUCUAAAGUUAUUAAUGAUGUACAAAUCAUUGAACGAGAUAUAAUAUUGAAAUCAGAGUUAAUGUCAUCUGCUGCCACAGCUUCAAGAAGUUUAGAGAUCAUAAGCAGUCUGAUCACCCCUCUAUCUGAAAUACACAGUAUAUCAGAGGCUGCCAAGGAAUCUCUGCAAGCUAAAGAAGUUACUACUAUAUUCAACAAUCUUCCUUUAUCGAUGAAAGCAUUACAACAAUCCCUAACCAUUGUAGAAAAAUGUAUCGAUAUGGAAGGCGAAAACAAGACUUUAGUAAAGAAAACAUGUGUGGCAUUUGUAGAGACGUGUGGAAACGAAAUUCAGAAAGUUAUGUCGGAUAUUAACUCCGUCACCUUGACAGACUAUCUACAGGCAGACGAAAGCGUAAUAAGAGAAAUUCAAACUUUAACAAAAGAAAUGACUAACGUUAUAAAGUAUUCAUCAGAUACUAUUAAAACAAGAAAUCUUUUAAGUGAAGCAAAUGAAAUAAAGACAGAAGAAACAUCAACAGAUGCAAAGCACCUUAAGGACACUCAAAAAGCUGUGUUUGAGUUAAGAACCCCCGUUAACUCCUUGCUAUGCAUAGCUGAGAGUGCAGAAAGUGGGAAAAUUAUAGAUGUAACGAAAAUAAAAAAUAGUGAAGUAAUACUCAAUGACAUGUCUGCCUCGAUACAAGACUUACAAGUAGCUUUAGAGCAGAUAGAGUCACUAUCAGUUAAAGAAUCCACGACCUCAUUAAACAAGUACAAUACGGAAAUAAUUGAAACCGUUAUGGAUUCCGUUCUAAAACUGAGGAUGUCAUUUGAACAGUUAUCAACGGAAACAAGAAGUGAAGACGAUAAACUAGUUUUGCAACAGGCUUUAACAUCUAUAAAACAGAAUUUAAGUGAGAUUUCAACACACAUUGAUAGAAUAGAGAGUAAUGUUGGAAGAUUUGAUAUCCUACAAAGCGACAAUAAACUGGAAGUCUUACAAAAAAUGGCUCAAAUACUUAUAGCGUUAGAAAAUAAUUUACCUCGUCUUGAAUCUUUACCAAAUGUCAAGCUACAUUUGGACGUAUUCCAUAAAAACCUUACGAAAGUUUUGGAAAAUGUAAUUGAAAGUAAUGAAGCUAAGAAAUAUUUCUCUUUGACAGAAAUAUGUGAUGUUGUUAACAGAGUUAACGCAGCCAUCAAAACUAUAGAUUCGGACAGCAUAUUGUCUUUGGCAAGUCUUAAUAAUACGAUGAGGAUAGUCCAAGAUCACUUUAUUAAUAAUAUAUUUGAUUCCGAGUUGAAUUGUGCUAUACUGAGCAAUAUUAGUGAUGUAUUGGUAAAUAUACAAGAAUCUAUUAAUCAAGCUGAUGAAGUCAGCUUACACAUUGACUCGGAACACAUUAUUACACAAGAUAUUUCGUCGUACGAAACUGGUAAAGCAGUUGUUGCUUUAGAGCGUAUAGAACACACCAUAGCAGCUAUAAAUAAAGUUAAAUCUCUUGAAUGUGCACAAGAACUCAAAGACGCCAUUACACCAGUUUUAGAAAAUGUAUGUCCAGCUUUAGAAGAGCUUAAGCGAAGUGUAGCGUCCAUAGCCUCAGGACGGGUUGAACAGGAUGAAAAUGUUUCUGAAAUGUCUGAUGUGCAGUCAGUAGCGCAGACUUUAGCCACGCCUCUCUGUGAACUAAAUGAAAAUAUUAUGAUUAUAAAUCAAACAAUAGUAGAACAUAUUGAGAGCUUGAAGGAAAACAGUGAAGUAUUUGUAACAGUGGCAGAACCACUACACGAAUUGCACACAACACUUGAGACAUUACAGCAAGUUGUUAUAUCACAAUACGGAGAAGAUGUGACGCCAUAUGCAGUAAGUGUGAAUAUGGCAAAUGCUGUACAAAAUCUUCACAGCUGUAUUGUAAUGAUCCGCGAACAAGGUGGCAUAGAAAUUGCUGACGAAAUGUCGACUCUAGAAGACAUAUCGGGCAUAAAAACCACUGCUGAUACUUUACCUUCAGACCGGUUAGUAUUACCUGAAGCUGCAGAAAUAACAGCCGAGCAUGCAGUUAGUUCUUUACACCAAGACAUUGUACCAUCUGCUACAGCUCAAGCAUUACAGUCUUUAAAUGAUCACAUCACAGUUUUACAGAAUCCUGAUGUUAUUGAUGCUUUAGACACAUUAUCUGAAGUUAGCGAUUACUCAAGCUUAAAAUCUGUUGCGAUAGGCUUAGGAGAGCUUCAUUCUGGCAUACAAGAGAUCUUACAUCCCUUUAUUUUGGAGACUUCAGAUGAAAUGGCUCAUUUAAAUACGUCGAAGUUAAUGGCCAUUGCAGAACCUAUGCAAGACUUACAGCAAUGUUUGUCUGUACUAGAUGUUACUAAUAUACCAAUAUACGAACACAUUCUUGAAAUGGCAUCAGACAAAAUACAUUCCGUUUUUCAAAGUAUCGCAGAAUUCAAAGAAAAUCUCGAUAAAUGUAUUCAUGCUGUAUUCCCUGCGAUGGAGACUGCCGAUAAAACGAUUGAAAUAUCAAACAAGGUAGAAAGUUUACGCGCUGUGUGUGAACAUCUGAAGGAUAUAAUUGAAAAUACCAAGGCUAUAUCAACUGAAGCACCAGUUAAACAAGAAGUUAUUGCUCUUGAGGAGACAUUAAAUAACUUACUAGAUGCAACAGAUGUGUCUAAGGGAAUAAGGAUAGAACAAGUCAAAUCAGUUACUCAAGAACUGUAUGAAAAUGUAAUGAAUGUACAAGAGGAACUCAUUCAGUUUACACCUCAGGCGCCAGAAAAAUUAGCCCAGGAAGCAAACUUGAUACAGGUUAUGGAUAAAGUUGAACGAAACAUAGCAGUUUUAGAAGAAUAUGAUUUUGUUGAUUUAUCAAGAGCUUCCGACAUGUCGUGCGCUUCGCCCCAGAUAGCUCUUGAGAUAGAAACAGACGCACUGAUGCAAAUGGAUGAUAUAGUACAAUGUGCUGUCGGUAUUAUUCAAGAUUCAAGUAAUGAAACACCCGUAGCCGACUUGAUGAUGGUAGAAGACUUCUUCAAAAACUGUAAAAAUGAGUUUUCUCUGCUUCGGUGUUUGUUGACUAAAAAGCUGAGCCAUAAAAGGAUCAUACGGCUAUUACAGGAAUUUAAUGCUUUAAAGCAAACUAUCAACGAUUUCAAAGUAAAACAAAGCGAACUCCACCUAGCUGAAGAUAUUAGUAACUCUCUUAAUACAUUUUUUGGCUAUUGUAAUGAAUGCCUGAACAGCGUUCAAGACUCACUCAUUAAGAUAGUUGAUUCGCAAUUUGAUUUACUUUUCAAGGCGCCUAUUACUAAGCUUGAUGCUACAAAAGAGGUUCUGAGUGAAAUUCUUGUAAGCAGUAAAUUUACACCUUUAGAAGAUGUAGCCCAACGGUUUGUCAAUAUCAUAGAAAUUGCAAAGCCUUGUCUGCAGAGAGUCGAAACUGUUAUCCACGAAGAAAUUAAAUUUAAUGCAACAGUUGUUGAAGAUAAAGCUUUACUGGCGGCGAUGGACGAUGCAGAAACAUUUAUAGAAGAACAAAUACUAACCAAGUCUGAGAUCACAGUAGAAUCUAGAGAAAUAUUACAAAAAGUUUUAGACUGCAUGCAGAAACACCACGAUUAUAAAGAUGCCACAGGCACGGGUAAAACGCUCAUACUCCUUAAGUGUCUUGCUGAGUGUUCUGAUAUUUUGCAAGAAAAUAUGUCGGAAUCCAAACUAGAAAUAAAAGAACACAAAUUCGAAGAUACAGCUUUAAAACAUGUGCUAGCAGAAAUGUUGAUUCCUCUUCAAGCAUUGCAUCAUCAACUCCUGAAUAUACAAGAGCAAGUAUCAACUGGAAUGGAAGAUGAAGUGGUGUCAGUUGAUCUGACCUCAACAGAAUCAUUUGCACAAGCUAUGGGUGAAAUACAACAAGAUAUAAAACAGUUAGAACAGCACGUGUCAGAGGGCACUGUAGUCGAUAGCGCUGAAAAGACAAUGAUACUGGAACUGGAUAAAGAAGUUCAUACAAUACAAGACAGUAUAAAGUUAAUUGAAAAUGUUACAAGUGAAGACAAGGAAAAGGUUUCUAAGCCGAUGGCGGAAAUAGAAAAUACUUUGAAAACAUUGCUGGAGACGGAGAGUAAGGCAGCGGCAAAGGAUAAAACUUCUGAUUUGGUGCAAAGUGUUGACAAGUGUAUAGAACUCAUUGAAAUUGUUGAAGAAAUAUCAACCAUCAUGAAAAUUGAUAAUGUUACUGAAUCUGCAAAACUUGCUCAAGAAUUACGUGAAAGUGUAAUCAGUAGUCAAGUUGAACAACUGGAUGCCACAAAGGAGCUUGGUGAAGAAAGUAAAGAGAUAAGUAUGCAACAAGCUAGUAUAGCUAUGAAAUUAAAAGAUGCGCUCACAUCUAUUCAAGUGCAAGUUAUAGAGAGUACAAAGGAGUUAGAGCCUGAGCUUAAAAAUCAGGUUGUACUUCGAAUCGAGCAAGCUGCUGAACAGUUACAAGAUUUAGUAACAAUGGCAGAAGUUAAGGCCGAGCAACCAAAACCUAUCGAGGUUUCUGCCGAAUCAAAUAAAACUGAUACGGAAACAGGUAAACUUCCAGUUGAACAAAGUCAAACAAAAGUUAUCGAAGAUAUAACUGAGACGACUGUGAUUUCUGAAAUAAAACAAUUAGAUGAACCUAAAGGAGUUGACGAAAUGAUUAUGGAACAAUUGGACAGUGAAAAAGCUCAUCAAGUUGAAGAAGAUACAUCAAAGGAAGUAUUGGAAAAGACCCAAGUGGCAGAUGAAAUAGAGGUAUCUCAAAAAUUGGACGCUGCAGAAGAAAUUAAACCAGCGCCAGUGAUUGAGGCUGAGAAAGCUAAAUUAGUUGAGGAAGAAGAUAAAGCAGCUGCCAUAAAAGAAAAGAAAACGGUGGUAUCUGCAGUUGAACUUGUGCAACGCAUCGAUGAAUAUCUCACUCAAGAUUUGGAAAAAACUGAUCUGGCCGUGGACAUUAAUGAAAAAACUAAAAUCGUUAACGUAGCUAACGAAUUGCGAGAAAUUUUAAGUAUUGCUGAAACCAGUGAACAAGUGGAACUAAUGAAAGAGCUCCAUGAUUUAGUUAUUAAACAAACUGAACAUGUAUUGGCGUCAAUAACUGACGUCAAUGAGCAAUCAUCUAAUGCUACAAUACGCUUAUGUGAAACUUUAACUAGUGUAAUAAAUGUUUGUCAAAAAGAUAUUGAAAAACAAGAAGAAAUAACAGAGCUAACUAAGGAAGUAAGUAAAGACAUUGGCAAGGAAUUAAAAGGAACUAUUCAAGAAGAAAUAUCUAAAGAAAUGACCCAAGAAGAAGACGUAUGUACGGAAUCAGUUAUUGAGAAAAUUGACUAUAGCUCUACUGAAGAAAGCCAACAAAUAGUCGACGUAACUGUAGUUGAUCAGGAACAUAAAAUCAAAGAAGUUGAUGAAGAGGUAAAACCAGAACAAGGUCAAAUUACUGAAUCUCAUGCAGCUGAAGUAAAAUUGAUGGAGCCCCCGAUUGAAACACAUGAGCUUGUAUCACUAGAAUUUGCAUCAGAACAAUUGACUGCAACUGUUGAUUCGGAACAAAACAAAUUAGAAAGCGCUAGCGCUAGUGAAAAAGUUAUCACUGUUGUAGAUGACAAAGAAGUCAUCCAGCCAGAGGAAUAUGCUGAAACAAGUACUUCCUUCGUUGAAUUAAAAAAAAUUGAUCCUGUUAUAAUUGAGGAAAAAGAUAAGGUUAUAGCAGAAUCACUGAAACUAGAAACAUCAAUGGACAACCAAAACGAAGAAAACGAAAUAAGUUCAGUUCAAGUCCAGCAAAUCGAAGACAACUCCCAAGAACUCGGUGAUAUUUCCACAGUUGAGCCUAUUCCAGAAGUGCAAGAAGCCAUUUCAGCUCCUGUAGAAGUGGAAGACGAUAAAGUAAUAGCUUCUAAAGCUGCAGAAAUUUCAGAAGUUGCUCCUGAUGAAGUACAUGAUGAAGUUAUGGAAACUAGAGAAGUUAAAAUGCCGCAAACUAUUGAGCCUAUAGAAGUAACUGAAGUGGGCCUCGAAAAACCUGUUGUAAUAGAAGCCCGUGAACUAGAUACAAGCAUUUUGCCAGAACUCCAAGUUGUAGAAGCAUCGGAAGAAACCAUACGAGAUCUGGAUGUAUCUACUGUUGAAGAUACUCAAGCGCUUGCAACGUCUAUAGAGACACUAGUAACACACUUAGAUGAAUUCAUAACGGAAAGUUGUAAGACUGUCGAUGUCUUCGUUAUGAAUAAAGAAUUGGAAGAAUCUUUAUCACUCGCGAAAUCAUUGGAACAUGUUCUCAAAGAUAAGAAUGAAAAGGAAGUUAUUAACGAAAUAGGCGAACAAGAGAUCAAGUUAUUAAUUGAACUAGAAGAGGCCUUGAACCGAAUAGAAAUUGCUGCGCUUGAAAAUGUUGGAGAAGUAGUAAAGACAGGGGAAUUAAUUAAAAAAGUAGCAGAUGUUACUGACGUUUUAAGAUCUGAUUUGGAUGGUAUUAUUAAAAUUUCACAAGUAGCCAUACAGGAUACUGAGAUUAAUGGAAAUGAUCAAGCUAUGCCUCGUACUGGAGAAGAAAGUCAAAUAUAUAAAGAAUGUGUGGUUGAGAGUGCAUCUGCAGAAGAAACCGUGACAAUAACAGAUCAUUCAGUUCAAAAUGUACUAGAACUGACAGUUGACACUGAUGAACCUGUAGUAGAUGCUUGUGAAAGCAAAAUCAAACCUGAAGAAUUACCUGAAAAGCUAAAAGAUUCUGAAACUGUAAUCAUUCCAGAAAAAUCGGUAGAUAGUCAUACAGCUGAACAAAAAGACAUGGCAAACGAUUUCGAAACGAAAGAAAUAGUUAUUCCUAGUCUCGUUUACAGUUGUACACGAUUAUUUUCAGGAACAUUAAUGGAACAUAUUAACGAGUAUGUAUCUGAAAAUGUGUCAGAUAUUUUACAUAAAUUAUCAAAUAUUGUACAAAGCGAGGCGAUGACACAGUCCAUAACAAUAGCUAAAGAAGUGCAGGAAAAUUUCCAUAAUACUGAAAAUAUUCAAGAUUUUGAUAAGAAAACUGUAGAAAAAAUAGAACUUCUUGAAAAACUCCAAAAUGCAUUAGUAGUUUUACAAGUUUACACUAAUGAUGCCACAGAAGAUCUCAAAUCGAAUCUUGGAGAGGGUUUAUCUGAUUUGGCUCAAUUAGCAACACACCUUAGCGCUGAUUUAGAAUCAGUAGUAUCUCAAGCCAAAUUCGUGUUAUCUGAAACAAAUACAGGCAAUUCUACCGAAACACUUGUAGUUGACCAAUUUCCAGAAGAAACUACAUCAAAAGAUUCUACUGAAAAACAAACUUCUAAAGAUAUUCAUCAGUCUGAUAAGUUAGAUAAAACAGACUUAUCGGAACAACUUAAUACUCAAGAUCAGCCCAAAUCUGAUCAACCCGUACUCGAAGUCACCAACAUUAUCGAAAAUGCGCCUACUGCAAGUGAAGCUGAAAGCAUAGAUCAAGUAGCAUCACUAGAAUUAUUAACAACAUCAGUAGGUGAAGCAACAGAAAGACUGGCGGCCAUAUUGACACAAUCAAUCAUGGACGAGGAAUUACAAAAAUUCCAAGAUCAAAACGAAAGCCAGCCAAUUGACAGUAUAGAAUGCGUAAAUGACACAAGUCUUAGUGCGAUUACCUAUCAAGUCCAGGAAGAAAAUGUAAUCCCGACAAUAGAGACGAAUGAUAUGAAAGAUGAAACAGCUGAAACUAAAGUGAAAAUGCCAAUUGAAACACUUUUGCAACACCUCAAUGAAUACACAACUGAAAUCACACACACACUACAAUCUAUACCAGUUGAUACUGAAAUCGUCGAUGAAUCGUUACAUUCGGCAUACGAUUUAAUCAUGAUUAUUUCGGAUAUCGAUGCUGUUGAAGAAGAUCAUGGUAAAUGUCAUGAACUGACUGACAUGGAAUCUAGUCAAGACAUACAAGUCCCUUCUAAGACAGAACAUGUUGAUGGAGAUAGUGAAAAUAAAGUAACUGUUACAAAGGUCGAUGUACAAAAAGACCAAACAGACGUUAUAGAACAGACUAAAAGUAUUGUUGCCAAAAACACUGCAGAUAUACCAAAACUUGCUACGAAACUUCAAACGGCUUUGAGUGUCAUCGAAAAAUAUGUUCUAGAAAAUGUCGCAGAAAAGCCUGAUUUAGAAAAGUUAACUGCUAUCGUAACAAACUUAAAGUUGGAUUUAGAAAAUCUUGAACUUACAUCUAUUACAAAAGAACAAAUGGAUGAAAACGCUAAAACUUCGAAUACAGUAGAGGAUAUUGAUAAAGCGUCAGAAUUGUUGUCAGAAGUGAAUAUUAAAUUAGAAAAAAGUCAAAUAAGUCAAGUUAAGGAAACAGAUACUGAUACUGAUCUUUCCAUUGUUUUGGAUAAAAAAGAUAAAUCCAUAACUGAAAUGAACGUGCAAGAAUGCAUUAGUGUUACAGAUAAGGAAAACACUGAAAUUAAAACAGUAGAUAAUAAACAAUAUUGUGAAAAAGAGGUUACAAAGGUUGAUUUUGAUUCUGCCGCAGACUUAUUCGAAGAUGCAAUUGUCAUAGAAACUCCUACCCUAUUAGAAUCAAAUGCUGAUGAAAAAGAUGUUACUGUUGAAACACCUGUAGCAUUGGACACUACUUCAGAUUUAUUUGAAGAUGCUAUUUCUAUAGAAUCACCAACAGUAUUGGAAAAUUCGGUCAAAAAAGAUGAGGUCAUUAUUGAAACUCCAACAAUUUUGGAAUCAGUUACAGAGGUAGAAUUUAUGACUUUUAAAGAUAUGUUACCAAAUGUAUCAGAAACUCCACACCAAACGGAGCAAGUUGUAGGUGAGACAGCGGCAGUUUUAGAACCUGUCAUUAAAAAAGAAGAUCUAGGUAUAUCCAAAGUAGUUUUAGAGCCUUCCAUUGAAACAGAUGCUUGCAUGUUAAGUCCAACAAUCUUGGAAACUUCAACCGAUAUUUCAGAAGAAAUUACGCCUUUCACACUCACAGCUACAAAAACUGCGAUUGAUAAAGUUGAGAUUAAAUCUUCUGCAGUAUUAGAAGAGCCUGCUGUCUCAGUUGUUACAGAACAACAUGCAGCGGAAUCUGUAAACAUCUUAGAAACUACUGCUAUUGUAAAAGAAGAGGAAAAACCAGCAGAUAUGACUACAUUAGAUAUUGUUCACGUAGCAAUUACAGAAACGCCUGAUAUUUUAGAAACUACCAAGGAUAUUCCCGAGAAAGACCAUUUGGUAGAGUCGGCUGUUAUAGAGAAUUCGCUUAGUAAAGAAGAAGUUUUAGUAGAAUUACCUGACAUUGUACAAACUGCUGCUAAUUUGGAGCUACAAGCAGAAAUAAGUACAUGUGAAAUUUCCGAAAUGACCACAGAAUUGACAGAAAGUUUGUCUGCCACAGAACCUACAAUUACAACAGAACAAGAUCAAACAGUUAAACAUUCCGAAGCGUUAGUAAUAGAAACGCCUGAUAUUUUAGAAACAACGGCUGAUGUACCUAAAUAUGAACGUUCACAAGAAACACUCGUAACUAUGGAAAACACUAUAGAAACAGAACCAAUUUUAGUGGAUUCAGUUAAUAUCUUACAAUCCAGGCAAGAAUUAGACAAAAUAGAAGCUGAAAAAAUGCAAGCUGUUAUGGAGUCACCAAAUGAUUUGUCAGAAAAAACAUUAACAAAUGAAAUUCACAACUUAACGGAGCCACUUCUAGAAACACAACUUAGUACAGAGGAAUCGAACGAUAUUGCAGAUAAUUUAACUGAUAUGGAGCGAACAGCAGAACAGAUUGUUUCAACCUUAGAGGUUGCAGAAAAAUUAAAUGAUUCACUAGAAAUGGUGAUUGCAGUAGAAACAGUAGCUGUAACAGACAUUAAUUCAGAGCAAGUUACAGUAGAACCUACUACGGUAUCUACUAUGGAUAUAGAUAAAGCGAUCAUAAUAGAAACAGCUGUUUUAGAAACAACAAAUGAAUUGGUGGAUAACGCGUCGAUGAUUGAGACGCCAAAUACCGCACAAAGCAGUAUAAUUACAGAACAGACUAUAGUAGAUACACCUACUGUAUUGGAAUCUGUCAGUGAUUUGGAACAAUUGGAUGUGACUGAAAUUACUGAUGCUGUUGAAGUAAGCUCCGAUUUGAAUCAGGCUACUAUUACAGGAACUCCAACUAUGGUUCAUCCAGAUGUAGUAGAACCUACUAUGGAAUCUACUAUGGAUACAGAUAAAGUAAUCGUAAUCGAAACAGCUGUUUUAGAAACGAUGAAUGAAUCGGUGGAUAACGCGGCGAUGAUUGAGACGCAAAAUACCACAGAAAGCAGUAUAAUUACAGAAGAGACUAUUGUAGAUACACCUACUGUAUUAGAAUCUGUAAGUGAUUUGGAAAAACUAGAUGUUACUGAAACUACUGAUGCUGUUGAAGUAAGCUCCGAUUUGAAUCGGGCUACUAUUACAGAAACCCCGACAAUGGUUCAUCCAGAUGUAGUAGAACGUACAAUGGAUAUCGAUAAAGCGAUCGUAAUGGAAACAGCUAUUUUAGAAACAAAUAAUGAAUUGGUGGGUAACGCGGCCAUGAUUGAGACGCAAAAUACCACAGAAAAGAGUAUAAUUACAGAACAGACUAUAGUAGAUACACAUACUGUAUUAGAAUCUGUAAGUGAUUUGGAAAAAUUGGAUGUGACUGAAACUACUGAUGCUGUUGAAGUAAGCUCCGAUUUGAAUCAGGCUACUAUUACAGGAACUUCAACUGUGGUUUAUCCAGAUGUAGUAGAACCUACUAUGGAAUCUACUAUGGAUACAGAUAAAGUAAUCGUAAUCGAAACAGCUGUUUUAGAAACAACGAAUGAAUUGGUGGAUAAUGCGGCGAUGAUUGAGACGCAAAAUACCACAGAAAACAGUAUAAUUACAGAAGAGACUAUUGUAGAUACACCUACUCUAUUAGAAUCCGUAACUGAUUUGGAAAAACUAGAUGUUACUGAAACUACUGAUGCUGUUGAAGCAAGCACUGAUUUGAAUCAGGCUACUAUUACAGAAACUCUGACAAUGGUUCAUCCAGAUGUAGUAGAACGUACUAUGGAUAUCAAUAAAGCGAUCGUAAUGGAAACAUCUGUUUUAGAAACAACGAAUGAAUUGGUGGAUAACGCGGCCAUGAUUGAGACGCAAAACACCACAGAAAACAGUAUAAUUACAGAACAAACUAUAGUAGAUACACCUACUGUAUUAGAAUCUGUAAGUGAUUUGGAAAAAUUGGAUCUGACUGAAACUACUGAUGCUGUUGAAAUAAGCUCCGAUUUGAAUCAGGCUACUAUUACAGGAAUCCCGACUAUGGUUCAUUCAGGUGAAGCAGAAACUACUAUGAAUACAGAUACAGCGAUCAUUAUGGAAACAGCUGUUUUAGAAACAACGAAUGAAUUGGUGGAUAACGUGUCGUUGAUGGAGCCCCAAAAUAUCACAGAAUGCAGUAUAAUUCCAGAACAGACUAUAGUAGAUACACCUACUGUAUUAGAAUCUGUAGGUGAUUUAGAAAAAUUGGAUGUGACUGAAACUACUGAUGUUGUUGAAGCAAGCACUGAUUUGAGUCAGGCUACUAUUACAGAAACUCAGACUAUGGUUCAUCCAGAUGUAGUAGUACCUACUAUGGAUACAGGUAAAGCGAUCGUAAUAGAAACAGCUAUUUUAGAAACAACGAAUGAAUUGGUGGAUAACGCAGCGAUGAUUGAGACGCAAAAUAUCACAGAAAGUGUAAUUUUAGAACAGACUAUAGUAGAUACACCUACUGUAUUAGAAUCUGUAAGUGAUUUAGAAAAAUUGGAUAUGACUGAAACUACUGAUGCUGUUGAAGCAAGCACUGAUUUGAGUCAGGCUACUAUUACAGAAACUCAGACUAUGGUUCAUCCAGAUGUAGUAGAACCUACUAUGGAUACAGGUAAAGCGAUCGUAAUGGAAACAGCUGUUUUAGAAACAACGAAUGAAUUGGUGGAUAACGCAGCGAUGAUUGAGACGCAAAAUAUCACAGAAAGUGUAAUUUCAGAACAGACUAUAGUAGAUACACCUACUGUAUUAGAAUCUGUAAGUGAUUUAGAAAAAUUGGAUGUGACUGAAACUACUGAUGCUGUUGAAGCAAGCACUGAUUUGAGUCAGGCUACUAUUACAGAAACUCAGACUAUGGUUCAUCCAGAUGUAGUAGAUCCUACUAUGGAUACAGGUAAAGCGAUCGUAAUGGAAACAGCUGUUUUAGAAACAACGAAUGAAUUGGUGGAUAACGCAGCGAUGAUUGAGACGCAAAAUAUCACAGAAAGUGUAAUUUCAGAACAGACUAUAGUAGAUACACCUUCUGUAUUAGAAUCUGUAAGUAAUUUGGAAAAAUUGGAUGUGACUGAAACUACUGAUGCCGUUGAAGCAAGCACUGAUUUGAAUCAGGCUACUAUUACAGAAACUUCGACUAUGGUUCAUCCAGAUGUAGUAGAAUCUACUAUGGAAUCUACUAUGGAUGCAGAUAAAGUAAUCGUAAUGGAAACAGCUAUUUUAGAAACGACGAAUGAAUUGGUGGAUAACGCGGCGAUGAUUGAGACGCAAAAUACCACACAAAGCAGUAUAAUUACAGAACAGACUGUAGUAUAUUCAGCUACUGUAUUAGAAUAUGUAAGUGAUUUGGAAAAACUAGAUGUUACUGAAACUACUGAUGCUAUUGAAGCAAGCACUGAUUUAAAUCAGGCUACUAUUACAGAAACCCUGACAAUGGUUCAUCCAGAUGUAGUAGAACCUACCAAGGAUACCGCUAAAGCGAUCGUAAUGGAAACUGCUGUUUUAGAAACAACGAAUGAAUUGGUGGAUAACGCGGCCAUGAUUGAGACGCAAAACACCACAGAAAACAGUAUAAUUACAGAACAAACUAUAGUAGAUACACCUACUGUAUUAGAAUCUGUAAGUGAUUUGGAAAAAUUGGAUGUGACAGAAACUACUGAUGCUGUUGAAGCAAGCACUGAUUUGAGUCAGGCUACUAUUACAGAAACUCCGACUAUGGUUCAUCCAGAUGUAGUAGAACUUACUAUGGAUACAGAUAAAGCGAUCGUAAUUGAAACAGCUGUUUUAGAAACAACGAAUGAAUUGGUGGAUAAUGCAGCGAUGAUUGAGACGCAUAAUACCACAGAAAAUAGUAUAAUUACAGAACAGACUAUAUUAGAUACACCUACUGUAUUAAAGUCUGUGAGUGAUUUGGAAAAAUUGGAUGUGACUGAAACUACUGAUGCUGUUGAAGCAAGCACUGAUUUGAAUCAGGCUACUAUUACAGAAACUCCGACUAUGGUUCAUCCAGAUGUCGUAGAAUCUGCUAUGGAAUCUACUAUGGAUACAGAUAUAGUAAUCGUAAUCGAAACAUCUGUUUUAGAAACAACGAAUGAAUUGGUGGAUAACGCGGCCAUGAUUGAGACGAAAAAUACCACAGAAAACAGUAUAAUUACAGAACAAACUAUAGUAGAUACACCUACUGUAUUAGAAUCUGUAAGUGAUUUGGAAAAAUUGGAUGUGACAGAAACUACUGAUGCUGUUGAAGCAAGCACUGAUUUGAGUCAGGCUACUAUUACAGAAACUCCGACUAUGGUUCAUCCAGAUGUAGUAGAACCUACUAUGGAUACAGAUAAAGCGAUUGUAAUUGAAACAGCUGUUUUAGAAACAACGAAUGAAUUGGUGGAUAACGCAGCGAUGAUUGAGACGCAUAAUACCACAGAAAAUAGUAUAAUUACAGAACAGACUAUAUUAGAUACAACUACUGUAUUAGAAUCUGUAACUGAUUUGGAAAAAUUGGAUGUGACUGAAACUACUGAUGCUGUUGAAGCAAGCACUGAUUUGAAUCAGGCUACUAUUACAGAAACUCCGACUAUGGUUCAUCCAGAUGUCGUAGAAUCUACUAUGGAUACAAAUAAAGCGAUCGUAAUGGAAACAGCUGUUUUAGAAACAACGAAUGAAUUGGCGGAUAAUGCUGUGAUGAUUGAGACGCAUAAUACUACAGAAAAUAGUAUAAUUACAGAACAGACUAUAUUAGAUACACCUACUCUAUUAGAAUCUGUAAGUGAUGUGGAAAAAUUGGAUGUGACUGAAACUACUGAUGCUGUUGAAGUAAGCUCCGAUUUGAAUCAGGCUACUAUUACAGGAACUUCAACUAUGGUUCAUCCAGAUGUAGUAGAACCUACUAUGGAAUCUACUAUGGAUACAGAUAUAGUAAUCGUAAUCGAAACAUCUGUUUUAGAAACAACGAAUGAAUUGGUGGAUAACGCGGCCAUGAUUGAGACGCAAAAUACCACAGAAAACAAUAUAAUUACAGAACAGACUAUAGUAGAUAAACCUACUGUAUUAGAAUCUGUAAGUGAUUUGGAAAAAUUGGAUGUGACUGAAACUACUGAUGCUGUUGAAGUAAGCUCUGAUUUGAAUCAGGCUACUAUUACAGGAAUCCCGACUAUGGUUCAUUCAGGUGAAGCAGAAACUACUAUGGAUACAGAUACAGCAAUCAUUAUGGAAACAGCUGUUUUAGAGACAACGAAUAAAUUGGUGGAUAACGUGUCGUUGAUGGAGCCCCAAAAUACCACAGAAAGCAGUAUAAUUACACAAGAGACUAUUGUAGAUACACCUACUGUAAUAGAAUUUGUAAGUGAUUUGGAAAAAUUGGAUAUGACUGAAACUACUAAUACUGUUGAGGCAAGCACUGAAUUGAAUCAGGCUACUGUUACACAAACUCCGACCAUGGUACAUUCACUUGUUGAAGAUAUAAUGAAUGAUGACGAAUUAUCUAUUGUCAAACAAACUGUUAAGGAUUCAAUUCAAGAAACAGUCGAGAAAGCAUUUGAAGUUUCGGAAAUAGCAACAGAUCUUCAUGAAAAAGUUUCAGUUAUCGUAACACCUACUUUGACGGAUAUACCUGCUGAUACCGAACAAGUAUUAACAACCUCAGUUCCCAUUGUACAAUCUCCUAUAGUAACCGACGGAGCUGUUAUGGAGAUUCCAGAUGGCUUGGAAGCAAUCUCUGAUAUGCUAGAAAAUGUAGUGUUAGUCGAACCCCAUAGUGUUACUGAUGAAAAUAUAAAUAUGGAACAGAUUAUAGUUGAAUCCCCCACUAUUUUACAAUCAGUUACUGAUAUGGAAAUAAUUGCUACAUUAGAACAACCUAAUGUGGUAGAAACAUCACUUGAUUUGAUAGAAAAAGUCUCUAUCAAUGAAACUCCUACUGUCUUAGACCCUGUCUUAGACAAUGAAUUGACAAAUGAAAAUAUAUCUGAUAUCAAAGAAUCUGUCACUGAUUUGAUACAAGAAGCUGUUGAGCAAGCAUACCAUAUUAUAGAAACAGCGACGGAUGUACUACAAAAAGCUUCUGAAGAUACACCUGCUCCGGCUGUGAUAGACUCCACAUCUGUUUUGAAAUCUCCUAUGGAGUCGGAGCAUGCUGUUGCACCAGAAACUGUAGAUGUCCUAGAAUCAACCACAAGUCUGUUAGAAAAUGUGAUUCAAGUCGAGCCCCAGACUCUUGUAGCUAGCAACAUAAGCGAAGAGCAAAUUGUAGUUGAACCACCGACUGUGUUACAAUCCACAACUGAUAUAGAAAAAAUAGAUGAUAUAGAAGCAUCUAACGCCACAAUUACGUCCACAGAUAAGUUUGAAAACGUGUCUAUCAUGGAACCACUAUCCAUCUUAGAACUUAUCGAUGAAAAAUCUGUGCUAGAUGAAGCUAUUCUGGAAACGGCAGCAGUCUCAGAAGAGAUGCUUGACAAACAGCAAGCUGACAAUGAGACUCCAAUUAUUGUUAAUGAUACUUUGAAUAUAGAUACUAGUAGCGCGGCUUCGGCGAAACUUACUGAAGAAACAUUAGAAUUAGUAACGAACUCACAACCAAGAACAGAUACUUUGAAAACCGCUGAUUUUCAACAGGAAUUAACUGUGCCGGUUGAAAUCAGUGAAACUCGGUCAGAAGAGGAUAUCCAAAAACCAUUUGAAACGGCCACUCUUGUUCAGCACAUAGACGAGCUAACUUCAGCUUCUAUUGCUGAAACCGUCGAGGUUCUAUCGAAAGUCAUUGACGUCAGUGAACUUAAAGAGUCAAUAGCGGUUGCGAAUGAAUUAAAAGACAGUUUCAUUGAAGUUGAGAAAGUUAAAACAGAAGAAGUUUCAAAAGAACAGGCCAAAUUGGUUGAAAAACUUCAAGGAGCUUUAGAAGCUUUUCAAGCUAUUGUUGUAGAAAAUACUGAGAAUAUUGCUCAAAAUUUGGAUGUAAGCGAAUGGGCCAAAGUAAGCGAAGUUGUUACACAUUUACAAGAUGAUUUGGCUAGAGCAACUAUUACAGAACCAACGACAGAAAUGGCAGGAGAAUCAAUGCACCACCUCGAAAGCUUACUCCAAGAGGUCACCGACAAGAUCGGAACCACGGAGCGAUCUUCAGACGACACAGAAUCAUUACGUGAUAAUCUCGACGAGAUCCAAACCGUUAUCAUUAAGAUGAAGAGAGAUUAUGAUGGUGCAUCGAAUGACACGCUCAAUGAAACUCUAGAGGACUUAGAGUGCAGUGUGAGGAGUGUCCAGCUGCAGAUCACUGAGGACAGUCCACCGGAGCUGUUGCAAGAAGCUUGUGCAACAUUACAAUUGUUGGUUAAUAACAUGAGUGCUACAGAAGAUAUCACAGGUACCGUAGUGAAGGAAGUAAAUACAGAUAGUUUACUAGAAAAAUGUUCCGAUGAAACUGAAGCAACGGUAAAGUUACUAAACAUUGCAAUUGAAAAUAAAGGAGAUUUGUCAAAAAUUGUCGAAAACCUUAAUGUUCUAAGAGAUGUCAUGCAACUUCUCAGACACAAUUUCCUAAAGGACGCAGACACUUUGAUUGACAAAGGCGUUGAAGUCAUACAAAGUUUAGAUCAGGUAGAAGAGAAAGUGUUUGCUUUAGAAAAAAAUAUUGUUGAUAUACCAGAAGCGGUAAAAGAAAGUAUAUUUAAUGCGGUACAUUCUGUAUAUGGCAGUAUCUCUAACAUGAGGAGUACUGUUCAAAGUAUACAGAAGAGAUACAUGCAUGACAACUACGGCAAACCAUCUGAAAGUAUAUUGAAAGCACUAAAGAAUGUACAAACAAAGGACUACAAAAACUUUUCGAAGUCACUUCGAAAAGUUCUGAAUCACUUUGAAGAUAUAAAAUUUUAUAUUAACUUGGAUAAAACUGCAAGAUUACCGAGUGAUGCUGCAUUUACAAAAAUCAUUCUAAGUGAAUUAAAAUUAACUAUAAAUGAAACUGUUAAACCACAUUCCAUAUCAAGUCCAGAGGUUGCUAGAACUUACUUAGCAGCUAUAAAAGGCAUAGAAUCUAAUCUUAAUAAGAUAGAGUCUUUGACUACUUUAGAAGUAAAACAAAAAAUACCAAUUUUUAAAGAAAUAGCAACACUUCUACUUAAAAUGACUGAUGUAAUCGCUAAAUCUUCUGAGAAAGAAGAUAUUGUUUUAGAAGACAGCGCAGAAGUUAAGCCCGAUGUUGAAACUCUCGAAAAAGUUGAAGUGACACAAUCGAAUGAACUAGAAGAUAAUAAAUUGGCUGACACUGUGCAGUUAUUAGAAAGUACUACAGAAGAAUUAAAGGUUAUAGAUCAGCAAAUAGAUCAUUCAGCAAUUAGCAAUGAAGCAGAAAUUGUAGUAAGUGAAACAAUUGACUCCUCGAGUGAAUUAAAAAUGACUGCGGAAUUAGGCGCUGAAGCAAAGACGGAUACUACAACAACAGAUAAAAUUACUACAGAGGAAAGUAUCAGUGAAAGUCUCAAUGAGGUUUUAAAAGACAGCGUACAGGAAGAUACUGCAACUUUGGCAAGUAAAGGCGAAGAAACUCAAAAAGCUGAUCUUUCUGUAAAACUAGAGUACCCUACAAUUGAGCCUCAGCCAAGUACAUCAAAACAGGAACAUAUGGAAUCAGGGUUAUCAAUCGGUAAAGAAGAACCAAGUGAAAAACAAGAACUGGCUGCUAGUUUUGAACCAACUGAAACUAAAACUCAACAAGCCAGUUUCAAGGCGGAUGCAAGCAUAACGCAAGACCAUAUGGAUGAGAUUCCGAAACCAGAAGAUAAGGACAUUAAAGGAGAAUACAAGGCAGAUGUGUUAGAAAAGAAAGGAGAAGAACGAAAAGCAGAACUGGAAAAACCAGCAAUAUCUAAAAAGAUCAAAAACUUAAAGCCAAAGAAAGACGAAGAAACGCAAACAGAUGAUGAAGAAGAGGUAAAUAAAGAAUUAUCCAAGAAAGCCCAAGAGACAAAAAUACAAAAGUCAAAAACAGAUCACGGUGCCGAAAAAGCUCCGUCUGAAAAAGCACCUGAUGCCGAGCUUCAGGUGAGCACCUCAGAAACAGAGGUUUCUAUAAAGAAGGAACUAGAGGAUAGUAAAGAUUUACUUCAAGAACAAAAACCAAUCACAGAAAACCAGGAGGUUGUAGUAAAGCAACAGACCGAACAAGAAGAAAAAGACAAUAAGGUGGGAUUAUCACAAGAAGAACGAUUGACACAGCAAAAAAAUGAAUUUACAGCUCAUGAACAACGAGAAACACAACAGGAUAAGGACAUUGUAGCUCAACAAGAAGUAAAAGAUAGUGAGCUGAAGGAAGUCCUAGAAAAUAAAGCUGAAGAAGGACAAAAAGAGCCUAACCUUAAGGAAGACCAACGAAACAAAGAGUUUGAGCUUAAAACAGAGCAGUUAGAAGAGAUGAAUCAAUCAGCAGAGGUAGUUAAAGAAACUACUUCCAAACAAGAAACAAGAGCCGAUGAUGCUAAACCUAAAGACACGAAAGAUAUGCAAACUGAGGAACAAAAAGUUGAUAAGGCUAACCAUGACAAAAAACAAGAUAGGGCACAAGGAGAAGAAAUACAAAAUGAUUUGAAAUUAAAAGAACACGAAGAGAAAGAGGUUCAGAGCAUGAAAGAACAAGACGAAAAGGAAGCCCAACUCAAGAAAGAACAAGAAGAACAAGAAAGAAAAUUGAAACAAAUAGAAGAAGCGAAAGAGGCUCUGCUUAAGAAACAAGAAGAAGAAAAAGAAGCUAAACUUAAGGCAAAACAAGAAAAAAAAGAAGCUAAGCUAAAAAAAAUACAAGAAGACAAAGAGGCUAAACUUAAAAAAGAACAGGAAGAAAAAGACGCUAAAGUUAAACAAGAACAAGAAGAGACUGAAGUGCGACUUAAACGAGAGCAAGAUGAAAAAGAAGCAAAACUUAGGGCCGAAGAAGAAGAACAAAAGCAGGCCACACUUAAGAAAGAACAAGAGAUAAUGGAUGCUGAAGUUAAACAAGAAGAUAAAGAUGCUCAGCCAACAAAAGAGCAUGGAGAGAACGAAGCGAGCCUUAGAAAAGAGCAAGAAAAUAAAGAAGCUAAACUCAAACAGGAAGAGAGAGAUGAAAAGACUGAAUUACGGGACGAAAAGAUUAAAAUUGAACAAGAAAUUAAUGAAACUUCUAUUCAAAAAGAAAUAGAGGAGAAAAAAGAAAAGCCCCAAAUUGAAGACGAUAUGAAAGAAGAACUCAAGAAAGAACAGGAGGAAAAAGAUUCCGGUGUUAAAUCAGAACAAGAAACAAUUGAAGCUGCUAUCAAAAAAGACAUAAAGGAUCAAAAAGACGAGCUAAAACUAAAAGAAGAAGAAAAAGAGGCUCAGCUCAAACGAGAACAGGUAGAAAAUGCUAAAAUUGAACAAGAAAAGAAUGUGGCUGUUAUCAGGACAGAAAAGGAGGAGCAAGAUGCUGAGCUUAAAAUAGAGGAAGAAAAGAAAGAGGCUAAGCUCAAGAAAGAACAAAAGAAAAAAGAUGAAAAUGUUAAAACCGAAGAAGAUAGUAAACUGAAAAAGGAAUUAGAAGAACAUCAUGCUAAACUUAAAGAAGAUGAAGAAAAAGAAGAAGCUGCUCUUAAGAACGAAGUUAUGAAGAAGGAAAGUCAGCUUGAACAAGUAAAAGAAACACAAGAAUCACCUAAUAAAGAUACACAGGAGAAAAUGUCUGGUCUCAAAGAAGAGCAGAAGACAAAAGAUGAAGAGCAAAAGCAGGUACUAAAGGAAGAGAUUGAGCUUAUCCUCGAAAAGCAGGAUGAUUCUGAGCGUAAAAAAUCACAGGAUGAUACAAAAACCAAGGUUGAGGAUGAAGUACAUAAAGAUACAUUACAUCAAGAAAAACAAGAAGGCAUAGAAAUCAAGUCGGAACAAAAAGAAACAAGUAAAGGAGAAGCUGAACUUCAAAUACAGGAAAAAGAUAAGGAUAUCACACCUGAUACGGAUCAAGAGAACAAAGAUGCUAAACUAAAACAAGAAGAAAGAGAGGCACAGCUCAAGAAAGAUCAGGAGGAAGACGACGCCAAUCAUAGGAUACAAGAAGAAGAAAAACAGGCAAGGCUUAGAAAAGAACAAGAAGAAAAUGAUUUAAAACUAAAGAAAGAACAGGAAGAGAAAGAGGUUCAGAUCAAGAAAGAACAAGAGGAAAGAGAUGCUCAACUCAAAAAAGAACAAGAAGAACAAGAAAUAAAAUUGAAACAAAUACAAGAAGCCAAAGAGGCUCUGCUUAAGAAACAAGAAGAAGAAAAAGAAGUUAAACUUAAGGCAAAACAAGAGAAGAAAGAAGCAAAGCUUAGAAAAAUACAAGAAGACAAAGAAGCUAAGCUUAAAAAGGAAGAAGAGGAAAAAGAUGCUAAACUUAAACAGGAACAGGAAGAGAAAGAAGCUCAGAUAAAGAAAGAACAAGAACUGGAAGCUAAGCUUAAAGCUGAACAAGAAGAAAAAGAGGCAGUCAUUAAAGAAGAGGAACAAAAAGAAGCAAAGCUUAAGAAAGAACAAGAGGAGAAAGAAGCCAAGCUUAAAGCAGAACAAGAAGAAAAAGAGGCGAAGCUUCGGAAAGAACAAGAUGAAAAGGACGCUAAACUUAAGUUGAAGAACGAAAAGAAAGAAGCUUCUCUUAGGAAAGAACAAGAGGAGAAAGAAGCAUCUCUUAAAGCAGAAAAAGAAGAAAAUGAUGCUAAGCUCAAAAAGGAACAAGCGGACAAGGAUGCUAAACUCGAAGCGGAGGAAGAAAAGAAAGAAGCCUCUCUUAAGAAAGAACAAGAGAAGAGUGAAGCUAAGCUUAAAGCUGAAAAAGAAGAAAAUGACGUUAAGCUCAAAAAGGAACAAGCGGAAAAUGAUGCCAAAGUUAAAGUAGAAGAAGAAAAGAAAAAAGCUACUCUUAAGAAAGAACAAGAGGAGAAGGAAGCAAAACAAUCACAGAAAGAGGCUCAGCUCCAAAAAGAAAAGGAGGAAAAUGAUGCUAAACUUAAAUUAGAUCAAGAAUUGAGAGAAGCGAAACUUAAGAAAGAACAAGAAGAAGAAGACGCGAAACUGAAGGCAAAGCAAGAACGGAAGAAAGCUAAGCUUGAAAAAAUACAAAAAGAUAAAGAGGCAAAGCUUAAGAAGGAACAAGAAGAAAAGGAUGCUAAACUUAAGCAAGAACAAGCGGAGAAGGAGGUUCACCUUAAGAGAGAACGAGAUGAAAAGGAAGCUCUACUUAAAUCGGAACAAGAAGAGAAAACAGCAACGACUAAGAAAGAUAAAGAGGAACAAGAUGACAACGUACAAAAAGAACAAAAGGCUAAAGCCAAAAAAGAAAAGAGGGGUUCGGAGGAAAUAGAAGACAAAAAAUCUGUCAAGAAAUCUGAAGCAGAAAAGCUUGAAGAAAAACGCGCGGAAAAGAAACGUGAAAAAAUGGAAGAAGAGCACACAAAAAUAGGUACUAAAACGGUCCAAGAAGAUAUGGAUGAGAGAUCUAAAAUCGGAAAAGAUAAAAUCAAAAGAAAACCGAGUGCUUCCAAAGAUGAUGAAAAACCGAUGCUCUCUGACACAUAUAAGACAAAGGAUGAAAAGUUGAAAAAAGGUGAAAGUGAAAUCGAUAUUGAAAGGAAAAGACGGACUUCAAUUGACAAGGAUAAGGGAGAGAUUAGAACCAGAGACACUCGUCGUGAAAAUGGGGAUAUGUAUAGAGAAUCACAGAGAGAUAAUAUUAGCUCGUACAGAGAGAGGAAAGCAGAGAGUAGGGUUAAAUCAGACUCACAUCAACAAAGGCACGAUGAAAAGCGUACAUUUGUAGACUACAACGCCAAAGACUAUACCUCAGAAACUCACUUACAAUAUCACAGAGACGAUGAGAAACGUAGAUUCGUCGAUCAUAGUUCCAGAGACUACACCUCCGAGUUUGCAAGACCGUCCAACUAUAGAGAAAAAACUUAUGAGCCUGACAAUUUCCAUCUCGACACAGUUGGUAAAGGGAUGACUAUAUACAAAGCGCUAACUUUAGUGUUAGAUGCAGAACUGCGUUCUGGCCCGCUUCCGGAUUUGCGUUCAUCCGUACCCCGUCUUGAUUCUCGAAGGAGCGAACCUACAGAGAGAAGAACAGAUUUCAAACACAGAACGAAAGCGGUCAGUGAAGCGAGAAGCGUUUUGUCAGAAAAACGCUCAAGCAUGCCUCGAGAUGUGAGGAGAAAGCCCGUGUUUUCUACUUAUUUGACUGACAGGACUGCCGUGGAAGGAUCUAGAGUGAAACUGACAUGUAGCGUACUUUCGUCCGCCGAACCUACCAUCACUUGGUACAAAAAUGGCGUGUUGAUUGAUAAUAAACUAAAGUAUAGAACCAAGUUCAUAGAUGGUCUUGUCACGUUGGAAGUUUUGAAUGCAGUACCAGCGGAUUCGGCAGAGUAUAACUGUACGGUGGAAAAUGAAAAUGGAUCCGUCAGUAGUACGGCCACUUUGAAAGUGUAUCCCAGUUUUGAGGCGUCGCCGAUACCGCCGACUUUCACUAGAUCAAUCAGAGACAAGUACCACCUCGCCGAAAACGAGCUAGUUCUCGAGUGCCGCAUCCGCGGUCAGCCGCUCCCCACCAUAACGUGGCUCAAAGACGACCGGCCAAUCACCGACGACCGUUACCAGGCCUACUACCUCGCGGACGGAGUCUGCCGGAUAGCUAUAAGCCGUCCGGUACCGGAGGAUAGCGGGAAAUAUACAUGUAAAGCGGAGAAUUCGGUCUGGUGCGAUCAGAUUACGCAUGUCGUCAGUUUUACUGGUAAAGAGACCCGUCUGAGUCCCAACAUUCAGACGAUCGAGCGUUCCCGCUUCACACGCCAAGCCAUGGAGUCCCGUCGCCCCCACUUCACCAACGUUCUCACCGACUAUAAGGUCACUCGAGGGGGCACUAUAGGCCUCCAAGUCGAAAUCCGUGGAUGCCCAACAAGAGUCGAAUGGCUCAGAGAAGGGAAAUCUGUCACAGAUGUGUACAGAAACGCUAAGACUUAUGUGGAGCAAGGAUUGUACACGCUAGCGUUGUCUGAUGUCACCGAAAAGGAGUCGGGUCUAUAUACCUGCAGGGCGUGGAGUAUGCAUGGGAAUGUGGAUAUGAACGCGGCGAUAACGGUGGUGCAUCCGGAAUUAGAUGGGAAACCGGCUAUCAUUGUCGGGAGACCAGAAAAGGAUGUGCUGAUAUCGGUGGGAGAGGACCUGAAUAUUUCUUUUAGGGUGCAAGGGGAACCGAAGCCUAAAGUUGUCUUCAUGAAAGGCACCCGCGACAUCACCAAUAGCCAACGCGUCUGCAAAAUGACGUCCGACGAUUACGUCAAGUUCACCGUCAAGAGGUCUGUCGUGUCCGACGCUGGCACGUACUGUAUAUUCGCGAGGAACGCGUACGGGUGUGAUCGCGCCUUCGUCACAGUUGUGGUGCGACAGAGAGCGUCGUCAGAGAACCUGAUUUCGGACUGGACAUAUCCGUUGGAUGACUCCGCCAUUUCUUACGGCAGUCGGAAUUAUGACACCGUGCCGCGGAUACCGAGCGAGCCCAGUGUCGUGGACGGUGGAAACAACUGGGUGUCGCUAGCCUGGCCGAAACCCGACACGACCACCCCUGUCCUUGCUUAUAAAGUUGAGAGCUGGCUGCUUGGCAAAGAAGGAGGCGCGCGCUGGACUGAGCUGGGAAUAACCCCAAGGAAUUGCUUCGAUGUGUUUAAUUUAAAGCAAGGGGAGCAGUAUCACUUCAGAGUGACCUUGAGGAACCGCUACGGCUGGGGUGAAUCCGUUCAAACCUCAACACCCAUAGGCGUCGGUCUGACCGGCGACCGUCCCGAGUUCGUCGACAUACUCCCAGGCCAACUGAAGGUCCUCAUUGGAACGACGGCAAACUUGAGUUGUAGCGUGAAAGGCAAGCCCGUACCUGAGGUUGUUUGGAUGAGGAAUGGUCAGGAGAUCGAAGACGAGCGAAUGAAGGCCUCCUUCAACGGGUACGAGUGUAGCCUGGUGAUCAGUGACAUCAGAGGGGAGGAUGAGGCCAGGUACAGCUGUGAGGCGAGCAACGAGCACGGGCGGUCGUCGACGUACGCUCGGCUGUCGGUCGUUACGGAUAAACUGUUGUGGGAAGCUGAUGCGAAACUGAAAAGAGAGCGCUCCUCCGACGUAUCAGGCGACUAUCCUCCCCAGUUCACGAUGCGGCUCCGUGACCGGCGCGUGCAGGCGACGUAUCCGGUCCGACUCACGUGUCAGGUCGUCGGGUGUCCGACGCCGAGCGUCACCUGGUAUAAGGACGGCGAGGAGGUGUAUAAAGACAAUCGCCAUACGCACUUCAAAGAUGAGCUAUUCCACACACUAGAAAUCGCGCCGUGCACGCUAGAGGACGGCGGCGUGUAUUCGUGCACGGCGCGGAACUCAAGCGGCGCGGUGUCGUGCCGGUGCAGUCUCGUGGUCGAUAAGGGGAUCCGCGCGUACGUGGCGCCCGAGUUGUGCUGCGGGUUGGAGCCGCUUUACAGGCUCCGGGAAGGGGAUGAACUCCGAAUAACAGCCGUAGUAGAAGCCUACCCAUCAGUCGGCGUGACGUGGUACCGCGACGGCAUCCGUCUCCGUCCCUCCCGCCGGGCCGUCAUGACGCUAGACAGAGACGGACAGAUAGAGCUUGCUCUGGCGUCGGUGACGGCGCGGGACGCGGGGGUCUACACGUGCACAGCGGCCAAUGAGGUUGGGAGUGCGUCCACGUCUGGAAAGGUGGAGGUUAUAGAGGGACCAGUCGUCGAGAAGAGGGCACCGCCGACAUUGGUGGGUCCUGACGUUCCGUAUUCCAAAGAGCCCAUGUUCAUCCGAAAGCCUCGGUCCAGCGAGGCCUACGAGGGCGACACUGUCAUCAUAGAGUGCGAGGUCACGGGUGACCCCAAACCUGACGUCUACUGGUUGCGAGACUUCCUCAAGCCGGAUUACUACCGCGACGCGAGCCACUUUAAACGAGUGGGCGCCGGCCCAGAAUACAGAUUUGAGAUCCCACACGCCAAACUAGACUACACUGGCGCCUAUUCUGUCGUCGCUAGGAAUGUCCACGGGGAAGCUAAGGCUAUUAUUUCUCUGCAAAUCUUGGCUAAAGAUCUCACGUCAGGGGAUGAUUCUCACAAUAUCAGAUACGGCCGGGUGGACGUCAUACCCCGCUUCGAGCGUAACCUCAACGAUCUGUUGAGCUAUGAUGGUGAUGCUGUUGAGUUCGAGUGUCGAGUUAGCGGGCAUCCAGAGCCUGACAUCAGAUGGUACCACUACGCUGAGUUGAUCCGCGACUGUCCAUACCUGGAGUGCACGUUCGAGUCCGGCGCCGCCAGGCUGAAGAUUCACCAGGUUACGGCGGAUGACGAAGGCACGUACACCUGCGAGGCCUACAAUAAUCUUGGCAAGGCCUCCACCAGCGCUUGCCUGGUCGUGUACCCGCCCGGCGAGCCGAACACGCUUUCAGCGCGCCUGCGCCGGCCGAUCUCCGCAGCUUCCACCCCCCGCUCCACGCCCCGCUCCACCCCCGCGCGCUCCCUCUCGAGGACCACUACCCCCGCACCGGACAUGAAGCGCCUAUUCAGCCCGUCGCGCCAAACGGCGCCCAGUUUCUACACAUACCCCUUCAACAAGGUGGUCGAAGAGGGUGAAACGGUCGUCUUCCAGUGCGCCGUCAGAGGUCUUCCCUCCCCCUGGGCCACGUGGGACAAGGACGGCGUUAUAGUCACCCCCUCCUCUCGCAUCACCAUCAAAGAGAAAGAGGAGAUAAGGAAGCUUGAAAUCGAACAUGUGACUAUUGAAGACGUGGGUUUAUACAGAAUCAGUAUUGAGAAUGACUACGGUAGAGCGGAAGGCACAGCGAGGUUAGAAGUUAUAACGCAAAAGGGGAAAUUCCAUGCUGGUGUAAGGGCGUACAGCGCGUCGCCGCGACGCUCGGCGCCCUACAGGAAGCGAAGCACAUCUAUAUCGAAAGACUGAGAUCGGAAUUGAAACGGAGCUGCGAGUGUUUUUUUUUUUUUCAAUUAUUUAUCUGUGUAUUUUACUUCUAAUUGACUUUUCGCACGGCCAGUCACAAGACCUCGAGAUUCAAGCAUGUUAUUAGAUAGUGAACUCUGUUUACUGGUAAAUAAGGUUGAUUUUUAUUUGUUACUGGUUUUUUAU